UUCUAUUUACCCCCCUGAAUUUUCUUUUCUGCCCGCCUACCCUAACGAACACUUUCAUCUCCUUCGAUCUUCUUCUUCUCCGCCAGGAAAUUCACGAGGAGUGGGAACAUUUCAAUAUAAAUCAAUGAAGCAUAUUGUGAAAAUUAUGACAUUCUUGGUGGCCAUCUCUGCCUUGUGGAUUGGUCUCUUACAGACAUCAAUUAUCCCACGUAGUCAUACUUGGUUGCUACCAAUAUAUUUCAUUGUGUCUCUAGGAUGCUAUGGGCUCCUAAUGGUUGGAGUUGGUCUGAUGCAAUUUCCAACUUGUCCUCAAGAAGCAAUAUUGUUGCAGCAGGAUGUAGCUGAGGCCAAGGAGUUUUUGAAGCAGAAAGGGGUCGAUGUGGGUGGUUGUGAUUGAUUCUGCACACAGAGUUCUGCCUCGGUGUUUCGAUACAAAGAAAAGACCUAAUUAAAUGCAGAAUCCAUUGAAUUCCGCUCAUUCUAGCAGUGGUAUGGUGGAAGACUUCAUAACAGUUCGUUGCUUCCACCUGAUGGGAAAAUCGGGAAGGUUUUACUAGGUGAAGCAAUGAACCCCUUUGGAGUUUUUAACUUUAACAACAAACAUUAAGCCUUUUGGCUUAUUGAAUUGUGGGAAAUAGAAAGAACUUUGGAAAGUGUACAUGUUAUAGUUGAUCAUUUCCUGUUUAUGUCUCAGAAGAAAUUUGUAUCCUUCGUUCUUUUUGCUACAAGUAUACAGGCUUUUAUCAAGUGGGACUCUCUCUC